CGUGUUGUUGUUGCUGUUGUAAUCCUACUCAUAACUUUCUUGGCGAUUACAGCACGAUGGAUCGUACUUUGGCCAGCCUAUCAUGACACAUGGAUGCUUACCCCAAUUUCGGUUGGGCUGAUUUUUAUCUAUUACAACUAUUAUCUCGCUUGCACAACCCAUCCUGGCAAGAUACCUGAAGGAUGGGAACCACCCAAAUCUCUAUUCCCAGAUUCAGAAGAACCAAAGCCUCGUUACUGCAAGUCAUGCUCAACCUAUAAACCUCCCAGAGCUCACCAUUGUCGUCAAUGCAACUCAUGUGUACUGAGAAUGGACCAUCAUUGUCCAUGGAUCAAUAAUUGCGUUGGUCAUGCCAAUUACGGUCACUUUAUUCGCUUUGUAAUCUCGGUUGAUUUGACAUGUGGUUAUGCAUUUUUAUUAUUUCUUCAACAAUUACAUCCCAUCACUGCUCCUCGACGUAAAAAGAGUGUAUUACGUCAAGUGAUGUUUGGUAUAGACUUGUUAUUAUUGAUUAUUGUACUCUUGAGUGUGGGACUGUUGAGUAUCUUUCACAUCAAUUCUGUGAUCAAAGGACAGACAACAAUUGAAUCCUCUGAACGUAGUAGAGUCAAGAAACUCGUAAAACGAAGAAGCAUUGAACCAGUCGAGUUUCCAUAUUCACUAGGAAUCUACAGUAAUGUUAGUCAAGUACUCGGUAAGAACCCUUUAUUGUGGUUCUGGCCACAGUCUAUAACUACAGAUGGUCUUUCUUUUCCGGUU